ACCUAAAUUCGGUAGUAUUGCCGGCUAUACAAAAAAUUACAUAAAACUUUAUUUUAUAGAUCAUCAAUUGAUAUUUUAAAUACUUAAAAAAAUUUAUAAGUAAAUUUAAUAACGAAUUUUUUGAUUAAUUUUUUAAUCCGAAAUGGAAUGCGAAGACUAUCAAGUUCGAACAAUCAAUGAAGAUAAGGGAAAAGGACUUUUUGCAUUACGUUUAUAUAAAGAAGGUGAGAUAAUAUUUGAAGAAAAGCCGGUAGUUUGUUGUCAAUUUUCGUGGAAUGCUGAUUAUGGUUACCUUGCUUGUGACAACUGUAUGAGUCCACUAGAAACAGCUGAAGAAAACGCACGUCGAUUAACUGGAAAGAAAGACCUAAUACUACCUUAUUCUGAAUGCUGUGAAACAAAAAAAGAUUUGAUUACUGAAUGCCCUGCUUGUGGAGUAAAAUAUUGCAGUAAUGAGUGUUUAAAUGAAGCAUUGGUUAAAUAUCAUCGAAUUUUGUGUCUUCAAUCGCGUGAAAAAAGCGAUAGUCAUCCACUUAUACAAUUGAAAGAAACUUGGAAACAAAUGCAUUAUCCCCCGGAGACUGCUACCAUUAUGCUUUUGGCAAGAAUGGUAUCAUAUAUAAAUCAAGCUAAUGAUAAAACAGCAGCUUUAUCGAUUUUUCAUCAAUUUUGUCACAAAACUACUAAUGAAGUUCAAGAAAUAACACAUAAUUUACUUGGAGAAAAAUUCAUUGGACAAAUUGAUGUUCUCAGGCAGCUAAUGGAAAAUGCUUUGAGUCGAGAAUACAUUCCUCAUUGGUUUACUCCAGAAGGUUUUCGGAGUUUAUUAGCUUUAGUAGGUACUAAUGGACAAGGAAUCGGAACGAGUGCUUUUAGUCGAUGGGUAAAAAAUGUAUCUGCUUUAGACUUACCUGAAGAUCGAAGAAUUCAGAUUGAUAAAUUUAUUGACAAACUUUACGACGAUAUGGAAGAAGUCGUAGGAACAUUUUUAAAUAAUGAGGGUUCAGGUCUUUACGUUCUUCAAUCAUCAAUCAAUCACAGCUGCUCUCCGAAUGCAAUAGUUGAAUUUCCGUACUCAAAUAGUACAUUGAUCAUAAAAGCAAUGCGUGAUAUUCAACCAGGAGAUGAAAUUUGUAUUGGAUACUUAGAUGAAUGUGAGUUGGAACGUAGUCGACAUUCACGUCAAAAAGCACUGAGCUCAUUAUAUCUAUUUAUAUGUCGUUGCAAUAAAUGCAUUGCACAAGCUGAUGAUCCUGAUGUAACUUCCGAAGAGGAAGAUUACGAUCAAGAAAUGUCUGAUUAAAACAAAUAAUUGAAGAAAAAAGAAUUUCGUAAACACGAAUUUUUUUUAUUCUAGUUUAAUGAAAUUUAUUUUUUUAUUAAAUCACAUGUUUAGAUGAUGUUAUUUGAUAACAAUUUU